UUUUUUUUUUUAUUUGAAACAUUAAUAUGGAAAAAUAUGUAACAGAAUAUAUGAUAACUACUAAAAAUGAAGAAGAAAUUGAUAAUAAAGUUUCCAAGCAAAUUAUAGAACUAAUUAAUAAUAAAGACGUCAAAUCAAACAUACUACAUUUAAUUCAAAUUCUAGGUGAAUAUCUUGUCCACGAAAAUGAUGAUAUUCGUUCGAAAGUAAUCUCUUUACUAUCUUAUGUAAUGAAGCACUGUGAACAAAGUCAACUAAAUGCAUCAAGUGUAUCUGUCAUUGUCGACUUUUAUUGUAGUCGUCUAUUAGAUACAACAAGUGUACCUAAUUUAAUGAUAGGUCUGAACGCUUUGACACAUAGAUUUGAUGCAUUUAAUUUAGAAUGUACAAAGGCCAUAGUUAAAAGUUUUAAGCACAAUGUUUUUGUACAAUCAUUUCCACAUAUUACAAGAAAUACAGCGUUCCAAGUAUUUCAAAAUUUAUUAGAUUAUCAUCUUGAUGACUUAAAAAAGGGAUUAGAAGAUGACUAUAUUUCAGGAUUUAUUCAGGCAAUGACAGGUGAAAAAGAUCCUCGAAAUUUGAUGACAAUUUAUACCAUAGUACAAAAGAUGAUAAAAUUAUUGGAUAUCAGUCAGCAUGUAGAGAACUUGUUUGAAGUUUCAUUUUGUUAUUUUCCAAUUACCUUUCGACCUCCACCUGAUAAUUCAUAUGGCAUCACUGCUAAGGAUCUUAAAUUAAACCUUAGAAAAUGUAUGGCGUCAACUCCCUUAUUCUCAAAAUAUGCAUUACCACUUUUAUUACAAAAGCUAUCUACUACAUCAGGUAGUGCAAAGAAAGAUACUUUAGAGACAUUAAGUGUAUGUACGACAGUGUAUCCUCCUGAAGAUUUAAUUGCGAUGAGUACACGAUUAUAUGAUACGAUUAAAAUGGAAAUCAUCAAUGGUGAUCCAGAUCCAGGACUUCGUGAACCUUCCUUAAAUGCUAUUACAGCUUUAACAAAAGCUAUAUUGGCAUACGAUGAUAAAGAAGCUGUUGUGAUUAAAGUUUUAAAACCACUUGUAGAUGAUUGUAUUUCUCUAUUGAAAGAAUUAGAUGAAGAUCAUGUUAAACCUGCUAGCUUAGUCUUAAGGGCAGUUGCCUCUGCUACUUCCUUUGCCUAUGAUUUAGUCGAAAGCGCUGUUUUACCUCUCUUAUUACGUCAAUAUAAAGAAAAUAAUGAAAUGUUGGAACACUAUUUGAUUUUAUGUACUAUAGUAGCAAUUAUUCAAGCAAGAAAAACUGUAUAUGGUACUUUAAAUGACAAUAACACAAUCACUAUAAAUGAUAACAAGUCAGUACUGUUCAUUUAUAAAGGACGAAUUAUAGAAAUGUUUUCAACUGCUAUCAAUGCAUCAAAGGAGUAUUCUGAUAUUUGCUUAAUGGGAAUCCUUGGCUUAGGCUUGUUAUGUGUUUUAAAGCAAUAUUUAACAAAUGAGGAGAGAGUCAAGUGUGUAAAGACAUUAAGUCAUCUAUUCGGAAAAGAAGAGGAAGAAAAACUAAGAAUGUCAGUUGAAUUAUUACUAACUGAAAUAGCUACAUUUGAUCCUUCACUUAUUAUUCAAAUAACAUUGCCCAACUUGAUACAUCUUUUACCAGAUUUCUCAUCAUCAUCAUCUUCUUCUUCUUCUUCCAACAAGGAUACAAUCUCUUAUCAACUUACGCUAGCGUCUUUAGAGAAAUUAUGUAUUUCUCCCAUCAUUUAUGAAUCCAUGGAACAAAAUUUGCUCAAAAAGUUUUUAUAUAUUUGUAGUCAUAAUGAAGAUAAACAAUAUGCAUUGCAAGUUAUUUCUACAUUAUUAAAAAUGAUUCAAAAACAAGUAAAGAAUGAAAGUGAAUCGAACAAAAUUAAGAAAUGUAUGGAAACACUUGUACCAAAGUUAAUGACAGCCGUUAUCUCUACCGUCUUUAUCAAUAAUGAAGAUAAACAGCAACACGACAUGAUUAUUUUAAAUCAUGAUAUUCUACAAAGCAUAAAUCUUGUUAUCCUUACUAUCUUUAGUAGUCUUAGUUCAGAGGAACAACAAGAAUAUAUGUCUCAAUUCUUUAACUAUUUCAAAGAAAAAGGCUUUCAAGAUUUUGGCUUAAAAGUACCUGCUGAUUUUUGUCCAUUUUCAGCUUGUGAUUCAGAAUCUCAAGCAGCCUGUACUCAGAUCUUUGCUACCAUCGUAUGUGCAUGUCGCAGAGACGUCUUACCACCACAGUUAAUCAAUAAUGAAGCUACUCUUCAUAACGAUCCAUACAUUUCUUUUGUAGACCAAAUUAUUAAAGAAGCUUUGAUAAGCUCAUCCCAAGUUCAAAUCAUCUCCUUUUCAAGAAUGAUUGCUUCCAUGAUCAAUAAAAGGAAAGACGAUGAUAUUUUAGAAAAAUAUCUAGAAGAAUUAAAAGAACGCUUAGAGGGUCUUGUUAGGACACAACCACAUUCUGCAUUAACACUCUAUGUUUGGGUUGCAAAAGCUCUUAUUUUAAGAGAUCAUAGAUUGAGUGUAGAAAUGACAAAGUCAAUCAUAACUUGGAUUUCUGAUCCUGUCAUGAGUAAAUAUGCUUCAACUAGUUUUGAUGUUUUGAUUGGAGAUGAUGCCUUGUGUUUAAAUAAGCAAUGCGCUGCUACUAUUUCGCUUUCAUAUAAACAAAAGUUCAUGACUUAUUCUUUCUCUAGAUUGUUAGAAAAAUACAAUUCUGUGGCAAUAGAAGAUGAAAAGAUGAAUUACCUUGUAGCAAUUGCUUAUUUGUUUAAAAAUACACCAAGAUCUGUAUUCAUUGAUCAGCUUUCUUUGGUUAUUCCUUUAUUGAUUGAAUCCUUAUCCAUCCCAGAAGAUACAAAAUUGAAGCUAUCUACAUUAGAUUUAUUUCAAUUCGCAUUAAAUAAAGCAACUGAUAAGAUGGGAACCUAUUUGAUUUCUCUAUUGCCUGCUCUUACUUCCCUUAUUUAUCCAGAACGAUCUUCCAUCAAAGUUAGAAUAUCUGCUCUUCAAUGUAUUAAAUGCAUCGCUGAGAAGAUGCCUCGUGAUAUUGUCUUGCCUUACGUCAAAGAUACCUUGAAGGUCAUUGCUGCUGCCCUGGAUGAUAAAAAACGAUUAGUUCGAUUACAGGCAGUAGAAUGUAGGGAAAGCUGGUAUCUUCUUUCUUAGAAAAUAGAAUAUUUAUAUAUAUAUAUAUAGACAAUUAUAUGUACAAAAGUAUUUUUCUCUCUCUCUUUCUCUCUCUCUUCCUCCCCCUUUAUUAUUAUUAUCAUUAGUGUAUAAUAAAAAAAAAUAAGAACGCUUUGACUGUG